CUUCCACCCACCACCCCCCUUGCUAAUCGUUAGCCUGCUGGGCUCCACUCCCUCGCUCCCAUGUCCAUCCCUGUCGCUUGCACCUUUUCUGCUUUGUGUGCAGAUGUGUGUGUUGUGUUGCUGCCGUACGAGUACGGCACCAAAGGGGACGUGCAUCAAACUUUUUGCCCGCUCUCCAUCCUGCCCUCGAGUGGACUCUUUUUUGUUCGAACGCAACUCGAACGGCUAACACUGACACCCUGGUCCCAAAAUGCUCAUCAUGGUGGAUCCCCGACUAACUCAUGUCUUCUUAGUAACCCAGCCCUUCACUCAGAGUACCACUGGGUACUACAAACGAUAUAAGGCCUCAUGCCUCAUGGCCUCGAUGCCCUCCUUCUCACCCUAUGCUCCUCGAAACCCACCUCUUAGGAUACUCUUGUCGACGAAACUUCCAUAAGCUGACAGACCACACACAGUCUUGUCUUCGUCUGAUAUCCUAGUCGUGCCUCGGUCUCCCUCUGCGUCGGGCCUCUCCCUUCCAUUGAUAUAUAGCAUAGCGUUGUCCACCUGGAAUCGCGAGGACACAUCACCGCUCUCAGCAACCCUGAACCUAGAUCAGCAAUGGGCGCUACCAUCAUGACCCCUCCUCUGGAACCCUCAUCACCUAUGGACGGCGGCAUUCGCAAGCGAGUAUGCAAAGCUUGCGACCGCUGCCGUCUAAAGAAGUCAAAGUGCGAUGGUGCCAGUCCCUGUAGUCGGUGCAAAGCAGACAAUGCCAUCUGCGUCUUCGGCGAGCGCAAAAAGUCCCAUGACAAGGUCUACCCCAAAGGAUACGUAGAGAUGCUCGAAAGCCAGCAAGCACAACUUGUAGCCGGCCUGCAAGAGUUGUACAAGCGAACGCAAAGCGGCCAAGGCUGGACGGGCGCACCUUUGAAGGAGUCGGCGAACGGUGUUCCUUUGACCCACGACAUUCUGGAGAGGCUGGGUGCCCUGAAGCAAGAUGGUCACACAAGCGACGUCUUCGAGGAGGACCUCGCUGUGCUGCAACAGAAGUUGAUCGCCGACGGCGCUGGCUUCAUGCAACGGCAACCCUCGCACGACUCCCACUCGGACAGCAGCGCACCCUCGCCCAUCUACGAGCCCGUUGCCCAGCGGCCCAACUUCACCAACCCAUUCAACCUGAACCAGUUCCCUCCUACACCACCCAACCAAAGUCCGUUCCCCCAGAACGCACGCGUCAUCCCGACGAAGUCCCACUCGUAUCCUCAUGCUCAGUCGAACCUCAGCUGGAACACAGCGGUCUCGGAAUUCGAUGACAGCAUGGACUUUAUCAACCAAUUCGAGUCGCCCAUAAUGGAGUCCGCCAUCGACAUGAAUUCAUUUCCGCCAACCAUGUUCCAGGAACAUAUCGUCCCCGCCGCCAUCAACCCUUGUCUGACCAUGAAGGACUGGGCUGGCCAGGAAGAUCUUCAACGGUACUUCAACGCCAAUAUGAUUUCAUAACCGCCAGAGGCUCCUUUCUCAGGACACGACUGUUUAACGAUCAUAUCACUGUAAUGCAUCCCAAAAGCGGGCGUACGGGUUUGGCUUUUUUUUGUGGGGUGGUUUCUCCCGCGAUCGCUUGGGUUAUUGGGAGGGGUUUUGCGGAUAUCGCAUCCGGCGGGCAGGGCGGCACCCAAAGACGACCUUGAUGGCAAACGUCUUUUCUGCUAGCGGAGUGGAAUUGUUAUCUCCUCGCAGCUGGUUUACGUCACCCAGUGGGCUUCGAGUUGUACCAUGUGGUGAUGGCAAGUUUUUGAUGAUACCAUAUCUCGAUCGGGACAUGCUUUGGGUGGGAACAGGUCUGGGAGCAUUUGCCAAAUGGCGAAAAAGGUGGUCACAGCACUCGUUUACGGGCAGUGUGAGAGAUCAGGGUCAACGCAGGCUGGCAUGCCUCGUCGAGUAACCUCACCAAGCUUCUAUAUACUAAUGCAUUGAGCAGAGAGCAAUCUCUUCGCGUGAGUACGAGUAAUGCAGCAGAGGCAGCAGUUCGAUCAAGAAUGCGCGAGCCUAGUUCAACUUCAACCUUGAUUGUUUUCCCCCUGGCUUCUUCUGCGCACAUGCCUCUAUUCUGCUCUGCUGUUGGGAUCUUGCUCUCAACGGAGUUUCGGUCU